AAUGGCUGGCCCUGAUGUGGGGAGAGCCUCCCAGGCCUCCUGCUCAGGGGUGGCCCACAAAGACAGAGCCCUGGCCCCACCUAGAGCUCGGCCUCAGGGGGAAAGAUGUCCCCUCCCUGUGAGAAAGGGGAAGCUGGGGAAGAGGCCCUACUCUCCAGCCCCUGGCAAGCAGAAAAAGCCUAAUGCUGCAGGUCUGGCCUCCACGGCAUCUCCCAACAUCCCUGAUGCAGCUCGUGACACGUACAACCCAGUGCCUUGUGGGUCAGGCUGGGGGUCCUGCCACCUGGCUGACCUCCUUAGCACGUUGACCCAGAAAAACCAAAACACAGAUCAGAAGACGAGGUCCCCAGAGGCCAUCUGCCAAGGUCGGAAAAAGACUCGAACCCUAUACCGCUCUGACCAGCUGGAGGAGCUAGAAAGGUUCUUCCAAGAAGACCACUAUCCGGACAGCGAAAAGCGCCGGGAGAUCGCCCAGACAGUGAAUGUCGCCCCCCAACGCAUCAUGGUGUGGUUCCAGAAUCGCCGGGCAAAGUGGCGAAAAGUGGAGAAAAUGAAUGGGAAGGAGAACAAGGACACUCCUGCAGGCGCUGAGCCUUCCCCCACCAGCAACCAGAGCAGCUCUGCAGCUGAGCCACCACCUGCUGUGCCCACGGACCCCGAGCCUGAGAUCUUCCCCCAGGAGCCCCCUCUGGAUCCCCUGCUGGAGCCCCCCAUGCUGCUGACCUCUGACCAGGCUCUGGCCCCAAGCCAACAGAGAGUGGCAGUGACCCCACCGCUCUUCAGCCCCCCACCUGUCCGAAGGGCCAACCUUUCUUUUUCCCUUGGCUCUGACCAAACUCCCCAGCAGAUGCCUCUUCUGCUGGAUACUCCAGGCAGUGACAGCAGCCACAAGGACGGCCUUUGUGGAUCCUGGGGGACAAGCAUCAUGCCACCACCCACCUGCUCUUACUCAGAAGACCUGGAACCCCAGGAUUAUCAACCCAGCAACCAGCCAGGGCCAUUCCCCUUCCCCCACGCUCCACAGACCCAGCUUUUCCAACCUCCCCAGCCCCAGUUUCCAUACCUACAACCUUUCCCCUUCCACAUGCCCAGCUCAUUGAUGCCUCUGCUACCGGAGGACCCUCUCUUUGCAUUGUCCUUUGGCAGCAAUGGGAACACAGCCCGGAGCUAUUUCCCAGGCCCUCCGCAGGGGCAGUUCCUGCUGCAGCCACCUGCUGGCAACAUGGGUACAGUCCCCUGGAAUGACCCCUGCUUGCCAGACCUGCCCUUCCCUGGUCCUUUCUGUCCACAAGCUCUGGGGUCCCCCCCAGGAAUUGAAGACUACUUCCCGGAUCUGUUUGCUGCCCCGUAUGCUCAGGCUUUGGGCAGGCAGCCUUCGCCAGGCCUCGCCCGGCUGCCUGAAGGGGCCAGGCCUGGAGCAGGGCCUCUACUCAGUAAGGCCCAAGAGGAGCCACCAACCUCCUCUGCAGAGCUGCCCUCAGCACCUGAGGAGGGCCGAGAGGAAGACCAGAGCAGCCACGGCCCCUAGUCCUGGGGCAGAGUAGAGAAGAGGCUGCCCUGCCACAAAGGAAUGGCAGUUGAAGUGCUAGAAAAGACUGGACUCUAUUGAUGGGGGCAGAAGUCAGACGUCCCCCCCGCCGCCCUUGGUGGGCUCAUCUUGCUGAACAUUGAUUUGAGAAGGAAGAAGGCUGACCCUCCCUUUUUCCCCUAAACCUCUGCACGGUAUUAGCUCUGAAUGUUGUAUCAGUUUAUGUUAUUUUCCUCGCUACACAAAUGAGCCAGAGUGUCCAUUGUAAGCAGUAAACUAAACUAGUCUACUCCUAA